GCAAAAAUUGUUUUAGUUUUAGGAAAAAUCAGUCAAAAUUGCUUCCGUUGUUGCUACUUGAAUUUCUUUUUUUGGAAGUCUUUCAAUUCCACCAGGUAGUUUACUCUAACAAGGGGGUGGCGUGUUUUUAACUCGCUGCCAGCUUGUGUUUUGAAACUUGAUAUAUACAAAGGAGGGCUAAACACGAGUAAUACACGUUUAUCCAGGCUGCAUCGACAAAAACAAGACCUUUAUUUCGCCAUCCCAUCAAACAACGUCUUCCCGUGACCUGUGCGUUCCAUUUUAGACCAGCUCCCUCCGUUUUUCAUUUUAAGCACUUCAUCAUGUUGCGUAUUAUAUGCUAUACCUUCCCUCUCCUAGUUGUUUUUGGUUUCAAAAGGGUAGCCCUGUUUCCCUUGAGAAAUAGAAGUGCAGCUGGAGAAUUAGUUUUUCCGGCAAAAGAAUUGAAUCAUCCUGGUUUUGACGUUCCUGCAUUUGUGAUGGGUUUGUAUCGAACAUAUGCCAAAGAUGAUGGGCCUGCGGAGGGAAACCCACAAAGGAUCCCUGCCACUGUUCAUUCCAUUGUGGGCCAAGCAACUCCUGGAAGAAACGGUAUUUUUUUCAAGCUGAGCGGCCUUCAUAUUCGUACCGAUGAGACAAUCCUGUCAGCCAGAAUAAGAAUAAUGGUCAAAACUAUUGGUCCUCAGCCACCCUUCGCCCCAUCGAACGGAAACCUUGUUCUCUAUGAUCAGUUCAACCACAAGCCUCUACAAUCGGUUGCGAUUCAGGAGGGAGAGGCUAGGUUGGUCGUGUUUCCUCUGCUCCCUUUGGUGAAAAGGUGGCUUCGUUUCCCGCGUUCCAAUCAAGGUGUAUGUAUUAGGAUACACUCAAAUCACCAGGACGAUGAAAAGUCUCUGAAGGUGAUGCUCGACUGUACAGGUGAAGCAAAAGAUAACAGGCCACUCUUGGUUGUGCAAAUACAGUCCAAACCACAAAAGAUUUAUGCAGACUCAUUUCGAAUAAGUUAUAAGCAAAUGGCUGGCCUAAAACCAAAGUCCAGACCAUCUCGUGCCAUUCAUGACCGCGGACCUUGCUCUAGGCGUCCUAUGCGGGUUGAGAUCUCAAAAAAUAUUCUUUGGCAAGGUGUUGUUGUUCCUAAGUUCUUUGACGCCUACAGGUGUGGAGGAGACUGUAAGUUUCCGCUGCAUAAGAAGGUAAAUCCAAGCAACUAUGCCAUCAUGCAAGCAAUUUUGCAUUCUUCAAGACCGGACCAGGGAAGUGGUGAACCGUGCUGCGUCCCAAUAAAGCUGACAGGAAUGAGCACUAUCGAAUAUUAUGAUAACAACUUUAGCAUGCACUUCUAUAAAGAGAUGGUAGUUGAGGAAUGUGGAUGUCGCUGAUGCUGACCCGAUGUGAUCUUGAGCAAGAUAACAAUGCUGGCCUAUCAGCCAGAGAAACGACCGAGCAAGUUCAUAGAGUAAUUUUAUGCUAAACCUUUGCAGUGCACAAGAGGUAGUUUUUUUCUCACUGAUUGUUUAUAAGUUAUACGUUUUUGUCGUUUAAUAAAUAGGAAAGGACUGGCAGAUAGGAAACACGGAAAAGGCGCUUUAAUUAAUAUUGAAAGCGUUUUCAAUUGUUGAGUGAGACGAUCUUCCAUAGACACCGCAUUAAUUAACAUUUUAUCGUCAUAACUAGUGUUGGAUCUUCCCAUAUCUAGCGUUGAAAGAAUUUAGAAGGAAGUGGAGAUACUUGUGUUCGAUUAGGUUAGCAACGUAUCUGUCCUCGGCAUAUAUAUUCUGUACUCGAAAAUAUGAAAAUAUAGUUCUCGAGAAAAUUGA